AUGGCUGAGCAAACCCCAGAGCUCACCAGGGCUGAGCAAGAAGCACUAGAACCGACAUCAGCAUCAGGAGUGGUGGAAGAAGUAGCAGAGCCAGCACUUGCAUCAGCUGAUGUUGAAGUCCCGGUACCAACACCAACUACUGCUAUGGCGGCGGUUACGGUGGUGGAGAAAGAGGUGUCAUUAUCCCUUGCUCAACCGGCAGUACCGCUGGCUGAGGAGAAAGCUUCUGUUAGUUCGACAAUGAAAAAGAUUUCAACGUCUAAACCAUUAGCGGAAGCUUUAGCAGAGCCUCAGGAGUCCGGUUUUUCGCAGCCGCCGCUGCCAGGGCAAGCUGAGGUAGUUAUAGAAGCUGAAAUUUUGAAGACAGAUGAAGGGAAAAAUGGUGAUCCAUUUUUCUGGGUUUCUUUCAAAGAAUAGAGUAAUAUUGUCGCAGAUCUCACUGAUUUCCAGAGGAAAGCGCUUGAAGAGCUCAAAUCUUUCGUUCAAGAAGCACUCAAUAACAAAACUUUCACCACCUCAGAAAUCAUCUUGCCAGAGGAAGUAUCCAUUUGGGGCGUGCCGUUGAUGGAAGAUGACAGGACUGAUAUGAUUCUAUUGAAAUUCUUGCAUGCGCGAGAUUUCGAUGUUAGGAAGGCGUUUGUGAUGUUGAAAAACACGAUUAUUUGGAGAAACAACUACAAUGUUGAUGGCCUUAUUGAUGAAGAUCUCGGGGAUGAUCUCGAGAAAGUUGUUUUUAUGCACGGCCAUGAUAACGUAUAUGGGGAGUUUCAGAAUAAGGAGUUGUAUAACAAGACAUUUGCUGAUGAGGAGAAGAGGAGGAGGUUUUUGAGAUGGAGGAUUCAGUUCUAGGAGAGGAGUAUUAGGAAGUUGGACUUUAGGCCUAGCAGGAUUAAUACUAUAUUUCAGGUUAGCGACGUUAAGAAUUCACCUGAACCUGGGAAACGCGAACUUAGGAUUGCCACAAGGCAAGCUUUGCUCUUGCUUCAGGACAACUAUCCAGAAUUUGUGGCAAAAUAGGUAUUCAUCAAUGUUCCUUGGUGGCAUCUGGCAUUUUACACUAUGAUUAGUCCAUUCAUGACUCAAAGGACCAGAAGCAAGUUUGUUUUUGCUGGCCCUGCAAGGACUACCGAAACCCUUUUCAAGUAUAUCUCUCCUGAACAAGUUCCAAUUCAAUAUGGAGGGCUCAGCGUAGAUUACUGUGAGUGCAACCCAGAAUUCACCGUUGAUGACCCUGCCCCAGAGAUCACUACAAAACUAGUAACCAAGCAAACUGUGGAAAUUGUUGUGAACGAGAAAUGCUUCCUUGUCUGGGAGUUAUGGGUUGUUGGGUGGGAAGUGAAUUACAGCGCUGAAUAUGUGCCUAACACGGAAGGUGCCUAUACUGUGAUUAUACAAAAGCCAAGGAAAAUGUCUCCAGCUGACGAGUCUAUGGUUUCUGGCAGCUUCAAGAUUGUUGAGUUGGGGAAAAUAUUGCUUACCAUAGACAACCCAACAACAAAAAAGAAGAAGUUUCUUUACAGGUUCAAGGUUGUACCAUACAGUGUUUGA